AUGUCUCUAACCAAGACGCAUCAUCGUGACACAUAUCCUACAAUUUCUUCGACCAAACCUUCGCUCAGCCAGGUUGGCAAGACGGUGCUCAUAACCGGAGGUGCUAGUGGGAUAGGCUUCGAAAUUGCGCGCUCUUUCGCCAAGGCUUCUGCCGCCAGAAUCAUCAUUUUGAGCCGCAAAAUCUCUUCGUUGAAUGCUGCGGUGGAGAAGCUCCGAGACGAAUUCCAGUCAUCUGGUACCGAAUUCAUUACUCGACAGGGCGAUAUUGGCGAUGACUCUUCGAUCAUUGCCCUUUGGGAUUACUUGAACUCCCAAAACAUUUUUGUCCAUGUAUUGGUGCUCAAUGCGGCUCAUGUCACCCCAUUUGGACCGGAUACGUUGAGCAUGGACAAACAGGAGCUCAUGCAAACCUUCGACGUCAACGUCGGCGGUAAUUUCCUCAUGUCGUCUAGGUUUGUCAAACAACCUCUACGUCCUGCAGGGCAGCAGCUCAACCUUGUCUUCGUCUCUACGGCUGGGAUUCAGAGGCAUCCUGCACCAGCACAGAAUCCGUACACAACAUCUAAAGCCGCGUUUACCGCUCUUCUUGGACGAAUCGCUGAUGAACGAUCUGCCGAGGACGUCCAAAUAAUAUCCUUUCAUCCUGGACUUCUGCAUACGGAGGGCGUCGUCAGUUAUUUCGGUCAGAAUUUACCCAGAUGUGAUGAAAUGGCAUUACCUGCGGACUUCUCUGUUUGGGCGGCAUCUCCGGAAGCAUCUUGGCUACAUGGCCGAUUUGUAUGGGCACACUGGGACGUUGAUGAGCUCAAAGCUGAUAAGGAUUUCUGCAUGCAGUUAGAACAAGAAAAGGGUUUUCUGAAGGUUGCAGUUCAAGGUUUGGGUGGUGUCUCUUUCGACUCAUACUUCGAUUAG